AUGGCGAGUGAUAUACUAGAAAGGAAACUCUUCAAUGCUGCAUCAAAAGGGAAUGUAACAACACUUGUAGAGCUACUUGAACAAGAUCCAUAUCUUAUUCAUGAAGCCAAGUUUUCAUGUUCAAGAAAUCUUCUACACAUCGCAGCAAUGCAUGGACAAACAGCCAUUGUUGAAGAAUUGUUGAAGUUUAGUCCGAGGCUAGUGCGAAUCUCAGACUCCCACAAUUCAUCCCCUCUUCACAUUGCAGUCGAAGAAGGGCAUGUUGAGAUCUCACAAAAGUUGUUAUUAGUAGCCCCUGAGGCUUGCUGGUGGCGAGACUCCUACGAUAUGAACCCAGUUCAUAUUGCUGCCAUGAAAGGUCAUGUUGUGAUCAUGGAAUAUCUCCUUCAAGUGAGUUAUUUGCCCGCUAAGGAGAGGUUGCUUCGUAGAGAGACUGUGCUGCACUUGUGCGUCAAACAUGGCCAGCUUAUGGGGUUGAAGGUUUUGGUGGACAAAUUGGGAAAUGAUUUUGUGAAUGCAAUUGAUGAGGAUGAGGAGACAUUAUUACAUUUUGCAGUGAGGUGCAAUCAAUUUGAGAGGGACUAUAUGGUAGUGGAAAGAGUCUUGUUACGCUUGUCGCUACCAUCAAUGAGAAAAUUCAAGCCAUACACCAACUCGACGAUGGUGGUGGCGGUUCUGAUAGCAACAAUGGCAUUCCAGAACACUGUCAACCCAGCAGGCGGCGUGUGGCAAGAUGACAAGUCACCUCACAAGGCUGGUGAAGCCGUGAUCACAUGUACUCACCCACAUAUGUACAAAAUUAUGCUGGCAUCUAUCACAGUCAGCUAUGGAGCAUCGAUGAAUACGUACUUUGUCGAAAAUGGUAAAGAUAAACAGGCGAAAUCGGGAAGGUUUUAG